AUUUUAUACCCAUUAUAAAUUGACAUAAAAUAGUUUCUAAAAUCUGUCUUAAUAUUUUGUGUUGUACUAAAAUUUUCAUUUAUUUUUAAGUCAUUUAUUUCACGUCUUUUAAUCGCAGAAAUAGAAUUAUAAUGCCCUUUUUGGAAGCUGUAAUUAGACGUAAUGCUGAAAAUACGGAGCGUAUUAUGAAGAACGCCCUGGGUUAUGUAGUUUGCAAUAAUACCUAUGGCACAAUAGCAAUAUCUUCAUAUGAUAAUACUGUAUCCGUGGGCAUUAUUAAGCUCAUUUGUAAAAUGUUGGUGUCCUCAGCCAGGAGUGCAGUACGUGAUAUUGACAGCACAAAUGAUUUGACAUUUUUACGUAUUGCCACAAGAAAAUUUGAAUAUUUAGUGGCACCAGAAAAGGAAUUUACUAUUGUGGUGGUGCAAUGAUUUUCUUUAUUGAUAAAACAUAUAUUUGUUAUUGCAUAUUUUAUUAAUAAAAAAAUUGGCAAGUAAAUUACAUUUAUAACAUCU